CCGCGCUCCUAGUCCGGUCCCGGUACGCGCCGACGAUAGUAUCGCGGAGGAUCGCGAUUCUGCUGCGUCGGCGGCACAAGCCGCUCGCUAACCGGCAGAUAAAGGAGAAGUCAAGCCGACCGAAAGUUCGCAAGUUGAAUUAUCGGAGCCGGGUGCUCCUGAGUGUACCAACUUUCGCUUUCCUUCGUGGCGGCCAGGACGAGCUUCUGAGGCAGCCAGAAACUCUCGGGGUCUCGUUUCUGUACGAGAGACGGCGUGCGCGCGAAAUUUUGUAUACACGGCAAAUGAAUCGCUCGUAAACGAUCGACAAGUGAAAUGGGACUGCCGGCGACGAGACUCCUGCCAAUUCUUUUGCUCCUGCUGGCUCUAACACGAUCGAACCUCUCGCAGAGGCACAGACCUCCACAUCGAUCACGCAAUCGAGCUUGUUCUUCGACCGAGUUCAUAUGCAGAAACGGGCAAUGCAUCGACAGUAACAGAUACUGCGAUGGCGUGCAAGAUUGCCACGAUGGAUCCGAUGAACACAAUUGCCCCUGCAAGGAAGACCAAUUCGAAUGCGCGCCUGGUUAUUGCGUGCCCUUAUCACGGCGCUGUGACGGAUACACGGACUGUAUCGGUGGAAGGGACGAACAAAAUUGUUACAACAUGACACGAUGUCGAGCGGAUGAAUUCGAGUGCGCCAGCGGUUCGUGUGUCAGCAAAAAUGCAAGAUGUGAUGGACGAAACGAUUGUCUCGAUCAUUCUGACGAAUAUAAUUGCAAUGUGACCACCUGUAGUGGGGAUCAAUUCCGUUGUCUAGAUGGCAUCUGCUUAAGUAUCGACAAGCGUUGCAACGGAAUCCACGAUUGCCGUAACGGCGAAGAUGAGAGCCAAUGCGGUUGCGGAGACACCGAGUUUCGCUGCACGGACGGCCGCUGCAUCAACUACGUGUUGCAGUGCAACGGGGUGAACGAGUGCUCUGACGGCUCUGAUGAGAGGGACUGCGGUUUGGCCCCGUGCCCUUCCACGGACUUCACCUGCGGGGAUGGCUCUUGCAUAUCGAAGAGCUCGGUCUGUGACGGAUUUGACGACUGCCCCAGGGCAGAAGACGAGCUUUAUUGCGAGCGGGAAUGCACGCCUAACCAGUUCAAAUGCGCCACCGGGAACAAGUGCAUCGAGGACGUCUACAGGUGCGACGGCCAUCCGGAUUGUCCAGAUCACAGCGACGAGGACUGCGCCCCGUCCGCUAACGACACUACACACACCACUUCGCCUACCACCAACUCAUCCGAUCCACGCUGGACACCCGAACGCAGGAGGGAAUGCGAUCCGAGGACAGAGAUACGCUGCGAUGAUGGCGGUUGCGUUCUUCUACGACGUAAAUGCGACAAUAUCUUCGACUGCCUCGACGGCAGUGACGAGCGUGGCUGUGGGGUAUGCACACCUGCCGAAUGGAAGUGUGCCAGUGGCGAAUGCUUGCCGGAAAACCAAAGGUGCGACGGAAUAAUGCAGUGCAGCGACGGAUCCGAUGAGGAUCUAUGUGUAACCGAAUGUCCACCUGGGUGGUUUCGAUGCAACGAUGGAGUGUGCCUCGACAUUAAGAGACGUUGCGAUGGCCGGCCGCAUUGCUUGGACGGCUCCGACGAGUUCAAUUGCUCUCGUAACAAAUGCCCCGACGGUCAACUACCCUGCGACAAUGGCGUCUGUAUCAAUAAGAACUUCUUCUGCGACCACAAUAUCGACUGCCAUGACGCUAGUGAUGAACGAAAUUGCCCGGAGAGCGGAGAGACUGGCAGUUCAGGCCAUGAAUGCCACGAGGGUAGCUUCAUCUGCAACGAUGGCAGCUGCAUACCUCCAACUGCAGUAUGCGAUGGACGUGCGGAUUGUCCGCACGACGAAGACGAGAUAAAUUGCCGUCGAGGAUGCACUCGGGACCAGUUCCAGUGCGCCAAUGGAGAUUGCAUCCGCGCCGAUCAGAGAUGCAACGGGUUCAUCGAGUGCUCCGACGGUUCCGACGAGCCGGAGGAAUGCGAGCCGCCAAAGCCAACACCAGGUCAAUGUGCCACGGAUCAAUAUAUGUGCAUUUCGGAUAGAAGAUGCGUUCCAUUAUCCUCCAUCUGUAACGGAAUUCCAGAAUGCCGAGAUGGGUCCGAUGAACAAAAUUGCGAUCGCGAAGCGGUAUGCUCGCACGAGGAAUGGAGGUGCAAGAGCGGCGAUUGUAUACCUCAACAUCAACGUUGUGAUCGCCGGAUUGAUUGCCCGUACGACGAUAGCGACGAGAUGGGCUGUCACUAUAGAGCGAUGCAAAGAAAUCACAGUAGGUGCAGCGCGCAUGAAUGGACGUGCAAUGACGGUCAUUGCAUUCCGCUACAUCAGCGGUGCGACAAAAGGCUCGACUGUCCUAGAGAUAUGUCCGAUGAGAUGGAUUGCAGUUAUGAUAAUUAUACCGAUGGAACAUCUGACCUUAGACUGAAGACAUAUCCCAGUGAACAAGUGAUAAAAGAAAAUCCGGCGAAAAUAGGUCGCGAGGUCGUGUUCCAAUGUCGUGACGAGGGUCUUCUACGUGCCAGAGUACGUUGGAUUCGCGGCAACGGCCUUCCUCUGCCGCCUGGCAGCCGAGACAUCAACGGUCGCUUGGAGAUACCCAACAUUCAACUUGAGCACGCUGGAAGCUACAUCUGUGAAGCCUUGGGUUAUCCACCGUCCACCUCCGGUCGUCAAGUGACCGUCGUUCUUACUGUCGAGAAAUUUGAGCAGCCGGUCACCAGACCACCACAAGUGUGCCAGUACGAUCAAGCUACCUGCAGCAACGGCGACUGUAUUCCCAAAUCGUACGUUUGCGAUGGUAAAUUCGAUUGCACCGAUGGAUCCGACGAGAUGCGGUGCAGUCCGCACGGAUGUGAGCCCAACGAGUUUCGCUGCAAUAAUAAGCAGUGCGUCAGCAAGUUGUGGCGUUGCGACGGCGACAAGGACUGCGCGGACAACAGCGACGAGGAGAACUGCGCGCCGUCUCCCCCGGGAUCUCCGUGCCGUUACAACGAGUUCGCCUGCAGCAGCAAUAAACAGUGCAUCCCAAAAAGCUACCACUGCGACAUGGAGCGCGACUGCUUGGACGGCAGCGACGAAGUUGGAUGCUCUCCCGUUUACAUCGUGAAACCUCCACCGCCGAUGGUCGUCCUCAUGCCGGGCGACAUGUUGGUCCUCACCUGUACAGCAAUCGGUGUUCCGAUACCGGAAAUCAACUGGCGUCUCAAUUGGGGACAUAUCCCCGCGAAAUGCACAACCGUGUCUACCAACGGAACGGGUACACUAACAUGUCCAGACAUACGGUUAGAGGAUCAGGGCGCGUACUCGUGUGAGGCGUUAAACGUCGGAGGCUUCGUCUUCGCCGUGCCGGAUGCCAUCGUUGUCGUGAAGGAAAAUGGCAAUGUCUGCCCUAAAGGCAAAUUCAAUUCCGAAGCGAAGACUGCUGAAGAGUGUAUCUCAUGCUUCUGCUUCGGCGUCGCCACCGAAUGUCGCAGCGCCGAUCUUUUCACUUAUCAGAUUCCGCCGCCGUUCGACCGCCACAAGAUUGUGUCGGUUGAGACCAUUCCGACGAUUAGAAUCCACGGCGACAUUAGCAAUCAGAUAUCCCAGAUCCGCCCGCUUGCCCGGGACGGCGUUCAGCUGUUAGAGUCCUUCAGUAACGAUUUGAAUGUCUACAACGUUCCCUACUUCGCUCUGCCGGAGAACUAUCACGGCAGUCAAUUGAAAUCCUACGGCGGCUACUUAAAAUAUUCAAUUCGUCACAGCGGUAACGGCACGCCGAACUAUGCCCCUUCUGUCAUCUUAAGUGGCAAUAAUUACAUCUUGGUGCACAAAGGUGAAGAGCCAGCACCGGAUUAUGAGAACGAGAGAUCGGUCAGAUUCUUCUAUGGUGAUUGGUACAAGCAACAAGGAAGAAGCGAAGUCCUAGCUUCCAGGGAAGAAAUCAUGAUGACGUUGGCAAAUGUUGAUAACAUUCUUAUAAAAGUGAAAUACGACGAUUCUCCGCAACUAGACGUUCGUCUUACUAAUAUCAUUAUGGACACUGCUGAUACGCGAAAUACUGGCCUAGGAUCCGCGUCCUUCGUCGAGGAGUGUCAGUGUCCUACAGGAUAUACUGGUCUAUCUUGCGAGCAUUGCGCACCUGGUUAUCUGAGACGCGAAAGCGGACCAUGGCUUGGCCAAUGUUACAGGGAUGAACCACCGUGUCCUCCGGGGUACUAUGGCGAUCCUUCAAGGAACAUCCCUUGCCAGAUUUGUCCUUGCCCACUUACGAACCCAUCGAAUCAAUUCGCUCGCACGUGUCAUCUUGGCUCUGACGGCCAACCCACGUGUGAUUGUCCUCCUGGCUACGUUGGACGCAGGUGCGAGCAGUGUGCCACUGGUUACCAAGGAAAUCCUCUUAUUCCUGGAGAUAUGUGCGUUCCGCUUCAACAAUGUGAUCCUAACGGCAGUCUUAGUCCUAACGCCGAUUCACACGGAAAAUGUCAUUGCAAGCAAUAUGCAACGGGUCUCACUUGCAACCAAUGUAAGGCGAAUACCUUUAAUCUGGCCUCGACAAACCAAUUUGGAUGCAUAGCUUGCUUCUGCAUGGGCAUCACCAACAGAUGCGUCUCCUCUAACUGGUACAGGAACGAGAUUCGUGUAUCGUUUACCAACUCGAUUCGAAGUUUCUCUUUGAUCGAAUCCAAGAGCACUGACACACCAGAUAUUGUAGAAGGAAUUCAUCUAAACACCAUUAACCGAGAAAUAGUUUAUAGCGAGUUUCCCAAUCGUGGUAACAACGACGUCUACUACUGGCAAUUGCCCAGCAUUUUCUUAGGAGAUCAAAUAACAUCUUACGGUGGCAAUCUCAAGUACACUGUCAGAUACGUGCCCUCUCCAGGCGGUCAAAGUUCAAGGAACAACGCUGCGGACGUCGAACUUAUUAGCGCUAACGACAUCAACUUGCUUUACUAUUCCCGCGAGUCUCCCGAGCCUAACUCUCAGCAAUCAUUCACCGUACCAUUGCUCGAGCAAUAUUGGCAACGUAAUGAUGGAACUCAAGCGGACAGGGAGCACCUUCUAAUGGCUUUGGCGGAUGUACGAGCCAUCAGAAUCAAAGCCACUUACACGACGCAUACAGACGAAGCUGCGCUCUCCUUCGUGUCUUUGGACACCGCUGAAAAAUAUAACACAGGUAAAGCUCGUGCAGUUGAGGUUGAAGAAUGUACUUGCCCCGCUGGCUACAGAGGACUUUCAUGCGAGGAUUGCGACGUUGGUUACACCCGGGCCAUUGAAGGUCUCUACUUAGGCAUCUGCGAACCGUGCAACUGUAAUAAUCACACGAAUCAAUGCGAUCCCGAAACUGGCACUUGUGAGAAUUGCGCUCAUCAUACUACGGGUGAGUACUGCGAACUGUGUGAACCGGGAUAUGAAGGAGACGCUACUCGAGGCAGCCCGAACGAUUGCACGUAUAGAAGUCAGAGACCUGAGCCAUGCAGAUGCAACGAGGCUGGUUCACGCAGCACUUCUUGCGUCGACGGUCGAUGCGAAUGUAAGAGGAACGUCGAGGGUCCAGAAUGUAAUCGAUGCCGCCCGUCGACAUACGGAUUACGCGCCGAGAACAUUGAUGGAUGCAUCGAGUGUUACUGCAGUGGGGUAACCGAUCAAUGUCAUGAGAGUACAUUAUACGUACAACAAAUACCGAUGUGGGUAUAUGACUCCCAUCACGGCUUCACUCUUACAGACUCGACUAGACGCGACAUAAUCGACGACGGCUUCGAGUUAAAUGUAGCAAUGAAUGAAAUCGGCUAUCGCUAUCCGGACAGCAGAAGCCGUAGAUUGUUUUGGUCGCUUCCGAGUGUUUUCACCGGUAACAAAGUGAAGAGUUACGGCGGAAACUUGACUCUGACGCAGCAUAUCACCGCGUAUCCUGGCGCUCAAAGUUACAAAGAUCAAGACAUUUUGCUGAUUGGCAACGGCAUUACAUUAUUCUGGACGAAUCCGGUGGAGCUCCAGCCUGAAAUUCCGCUGACCUACACCGUUCCUUUGAAAGAGCACGAAUGGAGAAGACUGACCACCGAAGGACCGCGCAGCGCUUCUAGGACGGAUCUCAUGAUAGUGCUUUCCAAUCUAGAAGCUAUCUUGGUCCGCGCGUCCCACAGCGAGCGAAUGACCGCAACAUAUAUCAGCGACAUCAGCAUGGACACGGCUGUAGAAAAUCUGAUUGAAAACCGACGUGCGACUCAGAUUGAAGCUUGUCGCUGCCCGACCGGUUACACGGGCACCUCCUGCGAAACCUGCGCUCGCGGUUAUUAUAGAGACACCAGCGAUCGGACUAUCAGUUACUUGGGCGCGUGUAAUCCCUGUCCAUGCAACAAAAAUGAAGAGAGCUGCGAAAUCAGCAGAUCUGGCCAUAUCAAAUGCCACUGCCUGCCAGGAUACACGGGACAGUAUUGCCAAGACAGUGGUGUCGUUGGAGAACCGCAAACAACUAGUACGCAGAGCCCAAUAUCUCCACCGAAAAUCACAGUUUACAUACAAGAAAAUGAAUUCCAGAUCGUCCAUACAGGAAAAACCGUCCGAUAUCAUUGCACAGGCAGAUCCAGAGAACAUGAAUCGGUGAACAUUAGAUGGGAGAAAGAAGGUGGUCAAUUACCGCCUGAUAGGAGCGUGGACGAUUCGAAUGGACUUUUGGUAAUUAGAGAUGUGAAGGUGUCUGAUAGUGGCAUAUACGUCUGCCAAGUGAGCGACGGAACAAACAUUGGAUAUAAAAAAGUCACGUUAACUGUUGGAGGAACCAACCCGGUAGAGCCUAGAGUUGCUAUAAGUCCAUCGUAUCAGCAAGUGAGGGAAGGUGAACCUGUUGAGUUCCGUUGUGAAGCCACUGGUAAUCCGCCACCCCAACUGGAUUGGAUAAGAGUUCACGGAAGCAUGAGUCCGGAGGCGACAUUCUACAACGGCGUAUGGAGUCUUCCAGCCGCGUCGAAGAACGACGCAGCCGAGUACAAGUGCGUCGCCAGGAACAACGUUGGCAUAGACGAGAAGACGACCAUCUUAUAUGUUCAAGAUAAUCCUAAUAAACCACCACCUCAAGGCCUACCGCCGACUAUAACUCCGUCCGAAUGGUCCGGAACCAGCGAAGACGUCGUCAAGUUAAUCUGUACACCGUCUCAACAUGUAAAUGUCACCUGGACGAGGUCCGGCGGAUUGCCGUUGCCUUAUACCGCCAGUCAACGUGACGGUAUUUUGACGAUCACCAAUCCCACCCCCAGCGAUUCCGGCAUAUACGUGUGCACCGCGACGAGUGUUCGCGGAACGGAGACGAGCACCACUGCCAGGAUUACGAUAAUGUCUCGGAGAGAACCACCAUUGGUCACGGUCAGACCGUUCCGGCAGGAGGUGAAACAGGGCACUGUAGCUGAAGUACGAUGCAUCACCAGCGGAGAGCCAGGUCUACAGGUGAAAUGGAGCAAGUACACGGAAACAAUGAGCUCCCGUGUCCAACAGGUAGGGGACAUGCUCAGGAUUAUUAACGUCCAGGUCUCCGAUCGAGGAGUAUACCUCUGCCGGGUUGCUGGUCCCACAGGCAAUUACGAGGCCAGUGCCAUCAUCGAAGUUGAACCUCGUGAAGCUCCAGUUUUAGAGCUGUAUCCACAAGAUAUACAAACGGUCAUCCUCGGCGGUUCCGCCGAUCUUCAGUGUCGCGCGAAGGCUGGUUUCCCAGCGCCCGAAUUGCGAUGGUCUCGCGUAGACAAUCGACCAUUCGCCUCCAACAUCGAACAACUUCCUAGUGGACUCCUCAGACUGUCGAACAUCACAGCGAACGACGGCGGUGCCUACAUCUGUUCCGCGUCAAACGAAGUCGGCUCGACGUCAGUUAUCGCGCAUAUCGAGGUGCAGUCUAUGCCUGUGAUCACUAUCACACCGCAGCACGGUAUCUUGCAGGUGAAACGCGGAAGUCGAGUCCGUUUGAUGUGCAGCGCGAGCGGUCAUCCGCAACCCAAUGUGGCUUGGAGCAAAUAUGUGAACGGAAUAACGAUACAGGACACGUAUAGUAGAACAGCGGCUACUCCUUUAAGUGCCGUUUACGAGAUAUUCUCUGUUUCACCCGACGAUGAAGGAUCCUACACUUGCACAGCUACGAACGCUGUAGGAAUAGCCGAAGAGCGUGUCCAGAUCCGCAUCGAGGAUGAUGACGAUUAUGUGCCUUGCACUGGCGACAGAGGCGAUAUUCCAUGCGACGAUGAUCGUCAGCGACCACAACCUGAUUCUAGGGAUCCGAAUCAAACAGAGGGAGGAGUAUUGAUUCCCAAAGACUACUUGAGAAUCCCGGACGGUGGCAAAGUGGAGAUGCGUUGUCAGGUCUUUGGACCAGAUGGAGACCACAUCUAUCUGGACUGGAAGAGAAGCGAUCAUCGUUCUCUUCCAGAAGGUAGCACAGUACACAAUGGAGUGUUAAGUAUCCCGACUGUUGAUAGAAAUGCGGCUGGAGAGUACAUCUGUUUGGGCUUGGAUCCUGCCGGCACAGUGCUCUUCCGGGCGAAAUCUCAUCUUGAAAUUAUAUCUCCACCAAGAAUUGAAUUAAAUCCAACGCGCCAGACAGUAGGACCUGGAGAAAAUCCAUCUAUAAUUUGCACCGCUACGGGAGAUGAACCUCUGCACAUCGAAUGGAAAACCAUAGGACGUCCGUUACCAUAUUCUGUAUCGGACAGCGGUGGCAUCCUGCAAUUCCAUGGCAUCACAUAUUCCGACGCUGGCAAAUACGUAUGCAAAGCAACGAACGCAGCAGGAACGGCGGAAGCAGUAGCAGAAGUUUUAGUUAAUGAACAUCCUUACGACAAUGCAAGGAUCCGCGCUGAACAAAGAGACGUAGUAACUCAUGCCGGUAAUUCUGUACGCUUACGUUGCGAGGUGCGCGAACGUGCGACGAUCCAUUGGAGCCGAGAGGGGCUACCGUUGCCGGCCAACGCGCGAAUCGGAGAAGAUUACUUGGAGCUGACGCAAGUAAAACCGGAAGACAGCGGAAGAUACAUCUGUCAGAUCCAGACGAGCCGCGGUGUAUCCAGCGAUUAUAUUAAUUUCAACGUUUCUCUGUACCGAUCGCAGUGCAGGCACUGGGAGUAUCAAUGCAGAAGCCUACAAUGCAUUCCGAUGGAAUACUUUUGCGACGGCUAUGUUCAGUGCAACGACGGUACUGACGAACGCUUCUGCCGCAACGCGCGCUAUCGCCAAUAUCUUCAGAGACAACGCGCUGCUGCAGUGCCUUCAGUAAGCAUUGAGGUGUCUCAAGAUCCAAUAAACAUCGGCGACACCGUUGAUAUACAUUGCACAUACACUGGAACACGCAAUCCACGUUAUCGCUGGACGAGACCGAAUCAUGUGAGCCUACCAACAAACGCACAGGAGUACGGCAACGUCUUGAGGCUAACUAACGUAGUCGUUAGCGAUAGCGGACCCUACAGGUGUACAGUUGACACACCCGAAGGCGUACUCGCGAAGGACUUCAAUUUGAUCGUCCACGGCGGAAUCCUCGAUGAACCAGCAAUUGAAACCAAAUUGGCGCCGUACGGAUCAAGUCUGGAAAUGGAUUGUCGGUUAGAUCUCGAUCCGCCAAUACAAUUCCAGUGGAACAAACUCGGUGGACUUUUGCCACGUGACAGUCAGACUUACGAGAACAAAUUAAAAUUAACUAAUGUAAAGGCUGAAGACGCUGGAACGUACAUUUGCUCCGGAAAUAAUGAAGAAUCGCGAGUCGAAGUACCUACGGUGCUAGUUGUAACAGGAGUUGUGCCUAAUUUUAGUCAGGCACCCGAAAGCUACAUUGCUUUCCCUCCUCUACCUGACUCCUACCUCAAGUUCAACAUCGAAAUCUCUUUCAAACCGGAAAGUUAUGAUGGCAUUCUGUUAUACAACGACGAAUCUGGUCAUGGUGACGGCGACUUUAUCGUUUUAUCUCUAAAUAAUGGAUACCCACAAUUCAAAUUCAAUCUCGGUUCUGGACCAGCUGUUAUUCGCGCGGAUAAACCUGUCACCUUGAGCGAGUGGCACACCAUUAAGAUCCAACGCAAUCGAAAGGAAGGAACAAUGCUGGUGGACGGCGAAGGCCCUUACAAGAUGGUCGCUUUAGGCAGACGCCAAGGUCUCGAUCUUAAAGAACCCCUUUACAUCGGCGGAGUGCCCAGCUACAGCAGAAUCAACGUACAAGCCGAGGCGAACACUGGUUUCGUCGGGUGCAUCAGCCGACUAGUCCUCGGGGAGAAACAAGUCGAUCUAAUUGGCGAUCAGACUGAUAGCGUGGGCAUUACGACUUGCGAAACCUGUGCCGAGAAUCCCUGCAACAAUGGUGGUGUGUGUCAGGAAGCAGCCACGAAAAACGGCUACACAUGUCUGUGCCGAGCCGGUUUCAGCGGCAAACAUUGCGACAACAUCGGACAAUCCUGCUAUCCAGGUGCUUGCGGAGAAGGUGAGUGCAUCGAUAAAGAAGUCGGCGGCUUCCAUUGUUACUGUCCAAUCGGGAAGACGGGACCAAGAUGCGAGCAUUCGGUAAACGUCUACGAUCCGGCUUUCCAUGACGACAGAGCUUUCAUCGCUCACGAGACUCCAAAAGCUCUUAGACGGGAAAGAGAGAGUUCGACCACUACACACAGUCGAUCACGAUUACGCAACGCACAAAUUAGGAAACCACGAUCAAGGCCACAUCACCACAAUAAUUUGCACCACACAAAACAUUAGCUAGACCUAGCACCAAUUUUACGCACUCAGAGAAUUUUCAUUACUUAUCCAAUCACAACAAUAAACUUUUCCCUCCGUCUAAUAAAAACCACCAUACAUAAUGAGCUAUCUAAAAUUUUGAAGAUAUGUUUAUAUCUGUAUCCGAAAAGAUUAGUCAGCUCGAUUUGUUUUUGUGCCAAUUUUUCACUGCCUAUUUUUCUUUACGCGUAGUGGCGAUGGUUAUAAUAAUAAAACGAAUAAGCAAUGAAUUCUUAACAGGUAGUUUGCAACGAGCCUACAUAGUGCGUAGUUCCUUGUAAUGGACAUGGUGCUGUAACAUUAGAACCACAGUCAAUAUAUAUAUAUAUUUACGAAUUAGUAAUUAAUACGUUUUGUACAGCUUCUUAAUUAAUACAUUUAACGCGUCACUUUAGUCAUUAUUAAUUAUUAAAAGUAAUACGUGAAUCACUGCCAAAUCAGUCGCAUUUAACAGUUAGUCCCCACUCAAGCUUAGAAAACGUCAAAGUCGUAACAAUCACAUACGUGUAUAUGACAGUUAUAUAUGACAGCAUAUGUAAAAUGUUUGUACUUAUAUAUCUAAGAAUCUAUAUAUAUAUAUAUAUAUAUAUAUAUUAAAAGAAAGAGAUGUUUCACGUACGAAAGAUCGUUUAUAUACUCAGCGGACUCAUGCUAUACGAAUAAAUAUUUUUAAAGCAAAUAAACGGAAGUCAGUACAUGUAAUAA